UGUUAAUCGGCGAAAAUCCGACCCAACGCCUGGACACCACACACUCCAUCCACACACUGCAGGAGCAGUUCUGAACUCACUACCGAAGAGCGAUGUCUACAGAACGAUUUGACUGCCAUUACUGCAAAGACUCACUGCUUGGCAAAAAAUACAUCCUGAAAGAAGACACACAAUACUGCACCAAGUGUUAUGAGAACCUCUUUGCUAACUGUUGUGAGGGUUGCUCCUUACCAAUCGGGUGCAACAACAAGGAUCUAUCCUACAAGGAUCGCCACUGGCAUGAGAACUGCUUCAAGUGUGGUAAAUGCGGACGCUCAUUAGCGGAGAAAGCGUUUGCUGCUAAAGAUGAACUUCUGCUGUGCACCGAGUGCUACUCCAAUGAAUAUUCAUCCAAGUGCAAUAACUGCACAAAAACUAUCCUGCCAGGCUCACGGAAAAUGGAGUACAAGGGGAACAGCUGGCACGAGACCUGCUUUCUGUGUCAGCGCUGCCAGCAGCCGAUAGGAACCAAGCCCUUCAUCCCCAAAGAUAACAGCUACUUCUGUGUCCCCUGCUUUGAGAAGCAGUUCGCCUAUCAGUGCUGCUCCUGCAAGAAAGCUAUCACCACUGGUGGCGUGACGUACAACGACAAGCCGUGGCACCGCGAAUGUUUCACCUGCAUCGGCUGUAAGAAACAGCUAGCGGGACAACGCUUCACCUCCCGAGAGAACUACCCCUACUGUCUGGAGUGCUUCAGCAACCUGUACGCUAAGAAAUGCGUCGGUUGCACCAAACCUAUUACUAGUUUGGCAGGAGCGAAGUAUAUCUCAUUCGAGGAGCGUCAGUGGCACAGCGAGUGUUUCGCAUGCAUGCAGUGCUCCGUGUCGCUCGUGGGCCGUGGUUUCCUCACACAGCGUGAUGACAUUCUGUGCACCGAUUGCGGACGUGAGAAGUGAAAGAAGAAGGAGGAAAAAAAAAAAAAAACACUCAUCUUUGGAUCAGUGAUGUGUUUUUAUGUUAUUCUUAACACACAUUCUUCUGCAUGUCUUUGACAUUAGUAUAUUAUUUGCAUAAAGAUGUAUUCUGUUGCCGUAUUAAGCCCUAUUUGGACGGGAUUAGUUUGCAAAUGGAGUAAUAUGAUUAUUACCGGUCUAUCGCUUUUUAAAUUUUUGUUCUGGUUAGGAUCUUUUUUUUUUUUUUUGCCUGAAAAUCAACUGAAACUGUUCCCAAGUCAUUUACCAAAUUAUGUUUAGAAAAAGUUAGCGUUCAUAUCAUUUCUCACAGCUUUGUUUGUGGAAUCCAAACCUGGUUUAAAUACAAACCCACAGUAUAAUGUGAUCGAUUCAUGGGGAAGUCAUUGCCUAAUGGUUAGAGAGUUUGACUCCUAACCCUAAGGUUGUGGGUUCGAGUCUCGGGCCGGCAAUACCAUGACUGAGGUGCCCUUGAUCAAGGUACCGAACCCCCCAACUGCUCCCCGGGCGCCGCAGCAUAAAUGGCUGCCCAUUGCUCCGGGUGUGUGUUCACGGUGUGUGUGUGUUCACUGCUGUGUGUGUGCACUAUGGAUGGGUUAAACGCAGAGAACGUAUUCUGAGUAUGGGUCACCUUACUUAGCCGUAUGUCAUGUCACUUCACUUCAUUCUAUUACCUUGUCUUCUUAAGUGAAGUUCAUUAUAUAAAGUAGACGAGGAUAGAAAUCGGUGACGAAAUCGACUCAGACACCAAAAGGUCCUUUGUGUCUUAUAAACACUUCCAUAUAAAUGGGCUGUUUUUAUUAUUAUUAUUAUUAUUAUUAUUAUUAUUAUUAUUAUUAUUAUUAUAAAAAUGUAUUUAUUAUGUUAAAAAAAGAAUAAAAUUAAAUUAUUCAAAAUUGACAUUAAAUAAAAGUGUAAAUUAAAUAUUAUAAGCUGGUUAGGAAUAAAUACAGGAGAUAAUAAUAAAAAUGUCAUGAUCAGUCUUAUGUCAGUGGAUAUUUUUCUGGAAGCCAGGCCUCAAAACUACUGAACUUCGACCCUGAGCCUAAAUAAUGUGUAAAGUUUAGACUGAAAUAGAGUCAUAGUGAUGCUAACAGAAAUAAAUAGUUCUAUUUGAUCUUAUUAUACUUAUAGAAAUAUUUUUUAAAGCAGUUUCCUUUUGCGGUCUUUUAGCAGCCAUUGCAGUAGUCUUUGGAUAUAUUUCCUCUAUUGCAUCACAAGUACAACCAGACAUCCGUUAUAAGUAUGUUCUGAAUUUCUCUAUCAAAAUGAUCACUCUGGAAAAAAAUAAUCUAUACACAAGAGUGUGACUUUACUGUAUGUGACAUUUA